AUGGCCGAGUUCCUGCUCAACGUAUUUGCACGGGAAGGCUAUCCUGAAGCGAUAGUCAGUGAUAAUGGGCCCCAAUUCACGUCAAAGGAAUUUGACAACUUCCUACAAGAACAAGAGAUCCGCCUGUCGCACUCAUCUGUUUAUUACCCGCAGGCAAACGGACAGAUCGAGCGAUUCAACCACACGUUCAAGACUUACCUACAACUGGCCCGUCUAGAACAACGUCCACUGCGAACUGCUGUACGGGAUUACCUCGCCGCAUACAGGUGUACACCACACGCCACAACAGGAGUGGCCCCUGCGGUACUUUUACAUGGAAGGCUGCCAAGAAUGAAGCUUGACAUCUUCGGCUUAUUGCCCAAGUCCUUCGCAAAGGCACCCUACCAGGAGCUGGCCAGGCUGCGGCAACGUGUCAAGCGCAGGCAAGAGUAA